UAUUUUGAAAGUUUGAACCAGUUCUGUUUUCCAUUCAUGUUUGUUUGUUAGAAAUGUCAAUGCUGGGCCGUGCGGGACGGUUUGGGAGCUGAUAGGCUACAACACGCUCCCACUUCGAAGAAGUUUGUUGUCAUGUUUAACUGAGCUGAAGUUUACUCGGAUGUCGGUGGCCACUCCUACUUCCAAUUAGCUCCCACCUUUCUUUUUCUCAGCACUUUUACUUUUUUUUUUUUUUUUUCGUAUGUCAAACGUGAAACAUUACCUCAACUAGCGGGUUGGUCGGGCUGGUCGACCAGGGUCUGCUGCUGUCAAACCUUCGGUUGACAUGGAUUUGUGGCACCGAGGACAGGCGGACUGAAAAGUUUGGGAAUUGCCAUCAUUCACCAGCCAGCAACGACAAAACGGACUAAGCCGCAACUACUUUAUUAUUUUUUUUAUUUAUUUUUUAAUUAAAUUUUUAGUAACUUAUUUGGCUUAAGGCAUGCAAAAGUUCAACUCCACCGGAACCCACAGCAACACGCUGCCCCGGGACGCGGAGCUCCAGCUGCGGUUAGCUGACAGCGGAGGAGUCGGGGAAGGGAAGGAGAACGGUGCUGGGAAGCAUUUCCUCCCCCAGACUGAGGAGGAGAGCUCGUUUUGCACCAAGAGGAAGAUGCUUGUCGGUUUGGAUGUAAUUUGUCUUUGCGUCGCCUCCAUCCCAUUCUUUGCAUGUGAGUUGAAGGCAGUGACUCCGUACAGACGAGGCUUUUUCUGUGGAGACUCCAGCAUCACCUAUCCCUACGUGGAGAGAGAGGCCAUCCCUGACAGCCUGCUCAUCGCUGGUGGUAUAGCCAUUACUGGCCUGACGAUCGCACUGGGCGAAUGCUACCGGGUGCGUUUCCGAGGUGUACGCUCGCGGGCUUUUGUCCGAAACCGCUAUGUGUCAUGCCUGUACAAGGAGCUUGGAAGCUUCCUGUUUGGUUGCUGUGUGGGUCAGUCUCUCACCAAUAUGGCCAAACUAAGCGUGGGACGCCUGCGACCCAACUUCUUGUCUGUCUGCAACAUCACCUAUGCAUCUAUCAACUGCACUCCGGGCAGCUACGUGUCCCAAGUCAAUUGCAAGCAGCCUAAUCAGAAGAUGGUGGAGGAGGCAAGGAAGUCUUUUUUUUCUGGCCAUGCUUCCUUUGCAAUGUACACCAUGCUCUAUUUGGCAUUCUACCUGCAAGCACGGUUGUCGUGGCGAGGAGCUCGGCUGUUGCGCCCACUAAUACAGUUCCUGUUAGUGAUGAUUGCCAUCUACACUGGCCUGAGCCGCAUCUCUGACUACCGUCACCACCCCACCGACGUCCUCACAGGCUUCAUCCAAGGAGGGCUCACUGCGUACUGGGUGGCCUUCUACAUCUCCUCCAUGUUUAAGCCCUGCGCCCGUCCAAACCUGUCUCCCACUAGCAUGUCCCUGGAGAGUCCACUGUCCAGCCAGCAGACUGUCUGUUAGCAGGCACAUGCAGUCAUUCUAGGAACCAGAUGGUGAGAGAAGAUGGACUGCAGAGAGACAGUGAGAAUGUCAGGUAGCACAGGUGAGCAGCAGAGAGAAGAGAGAGAAACUUCAAUUUUUAGGAAAGGGAAUUAUUCUAAGGGAGGGAUACAACUAAAAUUGAUGGAGCACAAUCUACACAUGCUUGCUCUUUUGGGCAUACCGAUACACAUACAAAACAUACAUUCACACAGUAAUCUAACAUGUUCACACACUCACAUGUGAAAUACAAGAAGCAUAUAUGACUGUGAGUCAAACCCGUCCAGUGAAAAUAACUGCAUAGUAAUAUAGAUGUUUUUUUAUAUAUGAAAAAAAAAAAGUCUAUUUUUCAAGAGGAUUUUUAGAAGCUGCUAAUGUUGAUAGUUGCCAGUUUGAACUUAUUUUCUUCUGUGAUUGAGGCAUUUGGUCAGUGAAUUUAGUUAGCUUUCAAAGCAGAACUGGUCACCCUUGGGUGAGAGAGGAGAAAAGGCCUGCCUCCUCUCUGUUUUUUGAUCCUCUGCUCAGCUUGGAAAACAUUACCCAGCAGCUGUGAACUGAGACCAACAGACCUCAGAUGUAAAGACAGCACUGUACAAAGUAACAGAACUGGCAGCGAUAAGGAACAAGCACUGGCUUCAACUUCUGACCGUUUUUACCUUCAGUGGCCUGAUGUGUCACUGCUCUAAUCAGACUGCCCUACAUCACUAUGACUAAACAAAAAUCAGUAUGUAAGCAAAGAGAAAAAAAAAAAAAGAGUAUUUGUGCUGUAAAACAAUGUUAUCUUUCUUUUUUGAGUAACCAAGGCUGUGAUGGGGAGGAAACAGGUUAACUUCCCCUCCCCUUCAUUGCCAGUUUUCUGUACUAACCACUUUGACUGUGUCUCAGAGGUGGAGGUUUGACUGAAUUUUUGAACCUUUGACUUUUGCCCCUGGACUCCAAUCUCUGAGCUGCACCUUGAUUUAUGCCACUCUGACAGGAGAGCCGACGGGGUUGUGUGACCUCAAUGGCUCUCCUGUGCAUCCUUAUUAAUAGCACUUGAACGUACAUAAUGGAACCUUCUAAUUAUAAUCAAUAUUAUAUAUUUUAUCACAAGUUUGAAUAAUCAGUGUUUAUUUUUGUUAAUGUCAGACUCAUAUACUAUAUUUGUUUUGUUUUUUUCAUGAAAUUAUAAUUAUUCAAAUUGAAUGUAAAUAGGUGUGUCAUUUUAUAAACCACACAGAAUUUCAAAAGUAUUAGUUCCAGUUUUGGACAGUUUUUACAUGUUUAUGUAAGUGUUUGUAUUUACAUUUGUGUUGAUCAGGUACGGAGACUUACUAUUAUAUCUGUUGUAACUACUAGACUGAGCCACAGAUAUUAUCAGAAAGCUAUAUUUUUUGUGUUCCCAGUUAUUGUCAUGUGUUUGUUUUGUCUGUGAAUGCCAGAAAGGCAGAAAUAACCACUGUAAUCACAAAACCAAACCA